AAAUCCUACGAGCACUUGGCCAAAAUACGAGUAGCGAGAGAAGCGGCUCCAGAGUGCAGCUGCCCACCAGGUCCUCCAGGGAAAAGAGGUAAGCGGGGAAGAAGAGGAGAGACUGGACCUCCUGGUCCGAUUGGUAUGGAUGGAAAGCUGGGUCAGCCUGGUCCUCAAGGCCCUCCUGGUCCAAAAGGCGAGAAGGGAGAUCAAGGUGAUCAGGGCCCUCGGAUGGUGUUUCCUAAAAUCAAUCAUGGGUUUCUGUCUGCUGAUCAGCAGCUCAUUAAACGCCGCCUCAUUAAGGGGGACCAAGGACAGGCUGGACCCCCUGGACCUCCAGGGCCACCAGGACCCAGAGGUCCCCCAGGAGACACCGGCAAAGAUGGUCCUCGUGGGAUGCCCGGCUUAACGGGUGAACCAGGAAAACCAGGAGAACAAGGAUUGACAGGACCUCAGGGGCCUCCAGGACAAAAGGGUUCUGUUGGAGUGCCUGGUGUUCCAGGGAGGGAUGGACAAGUGGGUGAACCUGGUUUGCCUGGCAUAGCAGGAGAGAAGGGAGAAGCAGGGCUCAAGGGUGACCCUGGAGAAAGAGGAGAGAAGGGGGAUGCUGGUGAGAAUGGACUGAAGGGUGACACAGGAGAAAAGGGUGACCCUGGCUCUUCUGCGGCUGGAAUUAAGGGUGAACCUGGUGAAUCUGGGCGGCCUGGACAGAAGGGUGAACCAGGCCUUCCUGGGCUUCCUGGACUCCCUGGAAUAAAGGGGGAACCAGGUUUCAUUGGUCCACAAGGAGAACCUGGGUUGCCAGGGCUGCCAGGAACAAAGGGUGACAGAGGAGAGGCAGGCCCUGUUGGGAAGGGUGAGCGAGGGGAACCUGGAAUCCCUGGACCAAAGGGGAAAACAGGUGAACCUGGAUCUAGAGGCCCCAAAGGGUCAAAGGGUGAUACAGGUGAGAGAGGUGACACAGGAUCUGCAGGUCCACGGGGACCACCUGGACAGAAGGGUGAUCAAGGUGCAACAGAGAUAAUUGAUUAUAAUGGCAAUAUCCAUGAAGCUCUGCAGCGGAUUGCCACCCUGACUGUCACGGGACCACCAGGACCACCAGGACCCCAAGGGCUGCAAGGGCCAAAGGGUGAACCAGGAUCCCCAGGAGUUCCAGGAGGUGAUGGAGAGCAGGGUCCUAAGGGCUCAAAAGGAGACUCAGGUGAUCCUGGAAUGCCCGGAGAAAAGGGAGGAAUUGGACUGCCUGGCCUACCAGGAGCCAAUGGCAUGAAAGGCGAAAAAGGAGACGUUGGUUUGCCUGGUGCCCAAGGUCCUUCAAUGAUAGGACCACCUGGACCACCAGGGCCACAUGGUCCUCCAGGCCCCAUGGGACCUCAUGGACUGCCUGGCCCGAAGGGUGAACCAGGGUUAAAUGGUCUUAAAGGAUUGAAGGGUGAACCAGGUCAAAAGGGUGACAGAGGGCCCCUUGGUCUUCCAGGCAUAGAUGGCCCAGUUGGUCCCCAUGGCCCUGCAGGUCCCAAAGGAGAGAGAGGUGAGAAGGGAACUGUAGGUGACCCUGGACCCAGAGGACCAUAUGGCUUGCCUGGCAAAGACGGCGAGCCUGGCCUUGAUGGUUUCCCUGGUCCUCGAGGAGAAAAGGGUGAUAUAGGAGAAAAGGGAGAAAAGGGAUUCCGUGGAAUUAAGGGGGAAAAAGGGGAGCCAGGCCAGCCUGGCCUGGAUGGGCUGGAUGCCCCUUGCCAAUUGGGUCCUGAUGGAUUACCAAUGCCUGGCUGUUGGCAAAAGUGAUGAAUCUAACCUUACAAGCAUGAAGUUGUGUAUAUAGUGCUCCACUUUUUUAUUUAUAGUUGAGAACUGAAAAUUUGAUUUUACAAGUCUGAGAUAUGUUUACAUGUAGCUGCUUCUACUUGUUUGCAAUAGUCCAUACAUACAUCUGUUUUUCACCUACGUCUGCAGUUAGAUGAUACAAUAACUGCAGGAUAAACCUGCAAAAAUUGUCUCUCUAAUGGGAGAGAUCUCAAAAUAAUGAUCAGUAAUAGAAAUUAAUAUUUCUGUAAAUUCUUAUAUUUUGGCUUGUGGAUGUGCAUGGACAAUGAGUGCCAUGAACUAGUUUACAAGAAAUUGUGACCAAAUAAGAGCAAAAUGCUAUGAAAUGUACUGUACCAGCUGCUGUUGGAGUUUACUGACUUGGCUUCCAUGUCCAUCUUAAGCACGUCACUGAUCCAUGACACCGCAUCUGCCCGUGUGCACUAAAAGCAUGAGUGUGUGUGCCAGACCUGCCUGCCAUGUGAUCGUGAGUGGCUGCUGACGGUGGCCUUUGAUUCCAGCUUCUCAGUCAUUUCCUCUUGUCAUCUCAAGGGAGUCACACCAUGGCUCAUUGCUAAAAAGAGAUAAACCAGAGGAGCGUAGAGAGAGGCCUUGAAUUUUGGGGAGUAGCAUUCCAGCUGCAGGUGGAUGGCUUCCAUUCUUGCGGGAUACUUGGCCCCUUGGAUCAGAGAGCGCCCCGCCUGUUGAUCAGCAUCGGUUUGCCUUGCACUGCUCACAGCCGUGAAGACAUUCACGAUAGGCCCUGUCGAGUCCUUCAUCGGGGGGACAGAAGAUUGAAGAAGAAACCAGACUUCUCUGUGGGUUGUUUGAAAAGGUUACAGAGGUGCUGCAGGGAUCAUUUGAUGGCAGACACCGCCUGAGACCAGAUGCUUCUCAGCCUCACUCGAGGACGAACAGAGUGUAUGCACUCUGCACGUUGUAUUUUGGGACUGCUGCAGGAGAAAGCACUCUUGAGGUGGGGAUGAAUCAGAUCAUCCUCCAGAGGAGGAUAACAGUGGAACUGACCUGAGAUGUAUGUAUCAUGGUGUGGUUUUCAGGUUAUUCACUUUGAAUUACACCUAACUAGCUGAACUUCUCUACGGGAAUUUGGAAGCAAUGCUUGGUUUUGUUUCCUUUUCCUGUUUCUGUUGCCAUAAAGAAUGCAUUUCAAUAAUCUAUUCAACAUUUGUGAUGACGGCAUUGAAGAAAAUACUUUCAAGCCACAUAUUCGUCUUGUUUCAGUAUUAACAGUUUUUAUUUCAGAGUCUUUGAAGCCUUUAAGUCUAGAAAAGAAAGAGUUUAUUUUUAUGUUUGACAGAAUGAUGUAUUCAUCUUGCUCCUUUUAUGUUGUUACGGUUAUUUUAGUGGACAUUAUUGCUCAAAAACCAUUGGAGAGAAACAAUUCUGUGUGAUCAUCACUGCACGCUUGUCACCACGCUCCACUGUUGUUGAUUGUUGAUGUGUUGAUUUUUCUCCCUUUCUGUUCAGAUGGCUUUCUAGAGAAACAUUUCCUUCUCCACCAUUUUUUUUAACGCUAGAAAUAUGUAAUUUGUGCACAUUUGUAGUUUUGCCACGAGAUAUUUUUUACAAUUUUGAGUCUUCAUAUGGUGCACUGAAGUUAGUUUGAGAGUAUAAUUUAUGAGAAAUGGUGCCAUAUUUGGCAGAUGGAAAUUCUUUUUAUAUCACUUCUGUUCCUAAUGUAUAUAGCAGAAUCAUCCCAUUUUUAGGAGGAUUUUUUUUGAGAAGUUGUCUUUCAUAUGUAGACCAAAACUAAGUUGAAGAAGACAGCUUGUCUCCAUUCAUAUGAGGGCACCUUAUGCCCUUUUUGAAACGCACAUUUUUCCUGGCUCCAUCAUUUCUAAAUCAUGUGAAGAUGGGGUCACACUUUUUGUAUUGCUUCACAAUCUCAGAUCAAUGGAAAUGCCACUAUAAUUGAAUAUUUCUCUUUGAUUAAUCUUUAUUGUCAUUUUGGUAUAUUGGAGUCAAACCCAGCUUUUCAUUGAGGAAAACCCAGAUUUUUAAAGCAAAAAGUCAAUUUAGUGGCCUCCAAUUAGUAUUAUCUUUCUAAUUAAAACAAAAAUCUCACACUAUACACUGAAUACAUGUGUAUCUUUACUGCUCAAUCCCUUCUUUCCAAUAGUAAGAAAUAAACAAGUGUUCAUAGAAAUGAGGAAAUAUGUUUUGCUUUCCCUGAAUUUUCAGAGAUGCAAGUAUCAACCUGUUGCGGUGUCGCUCAUGCCGUGUCCUGACUUGGCUGCAUGGAUGGUACAUGUGAACACCAGAAGCUGAAUGUUUGUUAAGAUAUCGAAUACUGGCAAUCAAUACAGUAAGAUGAAAUAUGUUUUAAAGGUCCUUCAGAGUAUUUACAUGCAAAAUCAAGUAGGAUGUUUAUUAUCUGGCUUGAUGAUUUAGCAACUCCAUAUUGAGACUGUCCACAGACACAACUAAUUUAAGAAACAGCAACAAGAUAAAUAAUGCUGAUAAAUAAUUAGCACUUCCUUUCUCUUUUUUUUUUUUUUAAUUUGUAUACUUACAUUUUUUAACUGCCCUCCUAGCAUCCAUUUCUAUAUGCACCAAUAAAGCUAGCAGAGCUUUGGCCUGUGGUUUUGUCAUUCAGAAAAUAAUUAUAGAUGCUACUGUUAAAUGUUAGUCAAAACUCAGUCUCCUUUAACUCCCUUGACACUGAAACCCUACUGAAGAAACACUUCAGCACCUUCAUUUGCUUUCUUUUCUGUCUUGUAAAUUAAUUUCUUUAUUGAAUUUUCAGCAGGUAGGAAUACUUUUCAAAUAAUCUUACGUGGCUUUUUUAGCCUUUGUGUUGUUCAGUAUCAUGGAAUGUUCAUUCCUUUUAAAUAACCAUGAGUGAGCAGUAGAUAAACAAUUUCAUUUGAAUGGUUAAACUACAUACAUAGAUUUGGCAUUAAUAUUUGCAUCUCAGAUUGAAUUGAAAUGAAACUUAAAAAUGUCUAGAAAAGUUGCAUGGUCAGUACAAGAAAAAAAGAAAAAAUUAGGUUUAAUAUUCCAUUAAGAAAAGCACCCUGUGAAGACUUGCAACGUGUUUGUUUUGUUCAAGAAGCAACUAUUUCUGGUGCUAGUAUAUCUUUUUCCUUUUGAUGGCAAAGCUAUAGUUUGAACUGCCAGUGUGUUGUAUCUUUUAGUGGCAUUCCUGCAGGAAGAUAUGAUUUGGUUUGUUUAGUUUGUGACAGGAACAGUAGUUCCUCUACCACUCUUUUCAGUUGUAGAAAUGUGUAGUGGGAUUAGUCUACACAGUUUCUAUAUCCCUGACUUUUCAGGUAUGAAUAAUCCUUGUUUCUUUGAGAGUUUUCAGUAUUUGUUUCAUAUGAAGUUUUGUAAUUAUCUGUUACUCCAGUGCAUUAAAGCCACAUUGUGCAGAAGUCCUGCUACAGAGGCCGCAAAUCUUUCAAGCACUGUAUGGAAUAUGUCUGACAUACAUGGUCUUUGUCUUCAUAUUCAUGGACUAACUAUGGGAAAGCUUUCUUUCAGGAUGCUUGGGAAAACUUUACUUUUUCCUGAGGUAAAGCAUGAGAUGUUAAGUCACAGAACAAUGAUACAAUGUAUUUUUGAUUUCUAUUUUUAUUUAUUGCUGUCGUGAUGUGGUAUUCUGAUAGUGUAGCAAAGCAGAAUGAUACUCUUCAUCCAGCUGUUUGUAUAUUCUUUCAGUCUAUGGUGUAAGUAGUAUGAAAGAGUUUCAAAAUAAUCAGAUCCAUUUAUUAGCACGUGUGUAAAGUAUGGAGCUGGAAAAGGAGUAAUUCUUAAGGCUGGUGUAUGGUGUGGACAGUUAGCUUUGGCCCCAGUGAGCAUCGCACCGUGGACAGGGUGCGUGUGCCCACGAGAGAGACAGAGCAACCCCAGGUGAGAUCAGCUGGCUCCUGGUGGGAGGGUGCUGCUUGCAGGGCUGGGGGCUGUGCCAGGAUACGUGGCUGGGAUCCUGGAUCCCACGGGGUGAGGAGGGAGGUGUCCCACUGGCCGCCCCAGAACUGGGAUGGCAAUCCCGGCUCAGCCAUGCAGGGCUUGUCCCUGGCUGUGCCUCCCCAGCCCCAGCGAGGGCAGGGGACAGAGAGGAGCCCUCUCCUUGCAAAGCUCUUUGAGACACACGGGAGGGAGCACCCAGGUGUUACACUUUGUAAUGAGGGGAGAUUACCACCUUCAGCAGUGGGGUUUUGCCUGAAUCAGGGCUACUUCAGUAAGAACUGCAGAGAUAUUGUCAGCCUAUUUUAUUGGAAGUGAUGGAAAGGUUCAAGGCAUGCAGAGGUUGACCCUUCCCUUCAAAUUUCCUGACCUCUGCUGCUUGACCAUCUUAUAUUACAUUUUUAAAUCUCUGUAUUUUACCUAAUGAGAUUCCUAAAUUUUCACACUAAAGACUCACACAAAACACAUCUGCAAAGAUAGUGGUCAAACGAAAGUCUAAUUUGUAGCCAUUGUAAAAAUUCUGUUUCAGUGACUGGAAUUAAAACUUAACACUGAUUUUUUUUUUUUCUUUUCUGCCAUGUCUUUUUAUGGAUGUCAAUGUUGCUGUAAUGUACAAAUGAAGGUUUUCUUGCACCCUCUGUUAUUAAAGUGAAUUACUUGGUGGUUGGAUUCAUUAAAUGCAGUUAGAAACAAGUGCCUGCCACCAUCAUUUCUGAAAAGGAUACUCUACAGAACAAGUGGAGUUUGUAUUUUAAAAGGGAUUUGGAGUGUUGUUUUUGUUUCAUUUUGUUUUUAAAUGCAUCCAAUUAUCAAUGCUGCUUGGAAAUUGAAUUUUCUUUGAAAGCAGGGGGCCUUAACUUAACCUGGGACCGUGUUUUAGUGUUUUACUUGUUUCUAUUUUAAAAAGAAAUUGUAUUAAUCUCCCAGAUCCCAUUGGUACUUGCACACUUCCCUGAAGUAUUAUGGAGAGUUGGGUUGGUGGAAGAAUGUUUUACAUAUUGUUAACAUAUAUGUGGAUAUUCUUAUAUUAUUGUACAUGUUUGGAAAAAUAUCACACAACUUUAAAAAUGUUGCUAAGAUGUAUGUAUCUGACUUUUUCCUUUGGAAAAUAUUAUAUAUUUUUAUUUGUAUUUUUUACUUUUUUAAGUUCAUCUAUAUGUGCCGUUAUUUUUGUAUUGCAAAUGGUCUCAUAAAUGAAGUAGAAGAGAUAAAAAUACAAAGAAAAGUAAUUUGGCAAGGAUUUCAGUGUUUGGGGGGGAAAAUACAUGGGUCAGCAUCAUAUUAUCAAUACUAGAAAUAUUUUGUGUGUCUUAGCACUGUAAAUAUGUCACAAGACCUCUUUUGAUGAGUAGUGUAAAGAAUUGCAAGGUUUUAAUCACCCAUUUUAAUUUGUUAUUAUUUACCACUUUCUUGUGGCCACUGGUCUGGACUUAAUUGAACCCGAUCAAACAGCAUGCUUUUGUUUUUAUUAUUAAAAUUUCUCCUUGUUUUUCAGUUGAAUAUUGUUUUGUUUUCUUUCAGUUUUGUACUUCAGAUUUUGUUUCUUGCUUGUGAGAAGUUGAUCUUCAGAAUUAUUUUUACACUAUUUAUGAUUUAUUUUCAUAAUGUAAAAAGUGUGUAAUUAUUAAAAUAUUAAUCCAA